CUCGCCCAGUCCCGGGGCCCGGCGCGAUCCCGGCCUGAGCUGCUGCGCUGCCCCUGCCCGAGGAGUGUCCCCGGGCUUGGCAUGAGGACCCCGGGGUGCCGAGGGAGGGCCUGAAGCCCGGCGCGGUGGCGAGGGCGGACAGAAUGACUGAGAAUAUGAAGGAGUGUUUGGCCCAGACCAAGGCAGCAGUGGGUGACAUGGUGACCGUGGUGAAGACAGAGGUCUGCUCUCCACUCCGAGACCAGGAGUAUGGCCAGCCCUGCUCUAGGAGACCAGAGCCUUUGGCCAUGGAAGUUGAGCCCAAGAAACUGAAAGGGAAGCGUGACCUCAUGGUGCCCAAGAGCUUCCAGCAAGUGGACUUCUGGUUCUGCGAGUCCUGCCAGGAGUACUUCGUGGAUGAAUGUCCCAACCAUGGACCUCCAGUGUUUGUGUCUGACACACCAGUGCCCGUGGGCAUCCCAGACCGGGCGGCCCUCACCAUCCCACAGGGCAUGGAGGUUAUCAAGGAGGCGGGCGGAGAGAGUGACGUGCGAUGCAUAAAUGAGGUCAUUCCCAAGGGCCACAUCUUUGGCCCCUAUGAGGGGCAGAUCUCCACCCAGGACAAGUCGGCUGGCUUCUUCUCCUGGCUGAUUGUAGACAAGAACAACCGUUACAAAUCCAUCGAUGGGUCGGACGAGACCAAGGCCAACUGGAUGAGGUACGUGGUCAUCUCCCGGGAGGAGAGGGAGCAGAACCUACUGGCCUUCCAGCACAGCGAGCGCAUCUACUUCCGAGCCUGCAGGGACAUCCGGCCCGGGGAGAGGCUGCGGGUCUGGUACAGCGAGGACUACAUGAAGCGCCUGCAUAGCAUGUCCCAGGAAACCAUCCACCGCAAUCUGGCUAGAGGCGAGAAGAGGCUGCCGAGGGAGAAGUCUGAGCAGGCUCUGGAUAACCCAGAAGACCUGAGGGGUCCCAUUCAUCUUCCCGUGUUGAGACAGGGCAAAAGUCCCUACAAGCGUGGCUUUGACGAGGGGGAUGUGCAUCCCCAGACCAAGAAGAAGAAAAUCGACCUCAUUUUCAAGGAUGUGCUGGAGGCCUCCCUGGAAUCGGCGAAGGUGGAAGCCCACCAGCUGGCCCUGAGCACCUCGCUGGUCAUCCGGAAAGUCCCCAAGUACCAGGACGACACCUACGGCCGGUGUGCAGCCACCAUGACCCACGGUGUGCAGACCGUCAGCCGGACCCAGGGGGAAGGGGACUGGAAGACCCCCCAAGGGCUUGCCAAGGAGCCGGGCCCCUUGGAGGAUGAGGAUGAGGAGCCGGCACCCUUCAAGGCCGACAGCCCCGCCGAGGCCUCGCUGGCUUCCGACCCUCAUGAGCUCCCCACCACCUCCUUUUGCCCUAACUGUAUUCGCCUAAAGAAGAAGGUCCGAGAACUCCAGGCAGAACUAGACAUGCUUAAGUCUGGGAAGCUUCCUGAGCCCCCCGUUUUGCCACCACAGGUACUGGAACUCCCAGAGUUCUCGGACCCCGCAGCCUCGGAGAGCAUGGUGUCCGGCCCCGCUAUCAUGGAAGAUGAUGACCAGGAGGUGGAUUCAGCAGAUGAGUCUGUUUCCAACGAUAUCAUGACCUCGACUGACGAGCCCUCCAAGAUGUCCUCAGCCACCGGACGACGGAUCCGGCGCUUCAAGCAGGAAUGGCUGAAGAAGUUCUGGUUCCUUCGGUACUCACCCACCCUCAACGAAAUGUGGUGCCACGUCUGCCGCCAGUACACGGUGCAGUCAUCACGUACCUCGGCCUUCAUCAUCGGCUCCAAGCAGUUUAAAAUCCACACCAUCAAACUGCACAGCCAAAGCAACCUGCACAAGAAGUGCCUGCAGCUCUACAAGCUGCGCAUGCACCCCGAGAAGACGGAGGAGAUGUGCCGGAACAUGACCCUGCUCUUCAACACCGCCUACCACCUGGCCCUCGAGGGCAGGCCCUACCUGGACUUCCGGCCGCUGGCCGAGCUGCUGCGCAAGUGCGAGCUCAAGGUGGUGGACCAGUACAUGAACGAGGGGGACUGCCAGAUCCUCAUCCAUCACAUCGCCCGCGCGCUGCGGGAGGACCUGGUGGAGCGUAUCCGACAGUCGCCUUAUCUCAGUAUCAUCCUGGAUGGCCAGAGUGACGACCUGUUGGCUGACACAGUGGCUGUCUAUGUCCAGUACACCAGCAGCGAUGGGCCUCCGGCUACCGAGUUCCUGUCCCUGCAGGAACUCGGUUUCUCCAGCACGGAAAGCUAUCUCCAGGCGCUGGACCGAGCCUUUUCAGGCUUGGGCAUCCGGUUACAGGAUGAGAAGCCAACUGUCGGCUUGGGUGUGGAUGGGGCCAACAUCACGGCCAGCCUGCGUGCCAGCAUGUUCAUGACCAUCCGCAAGACGCUGCCCUGGCUGCUGUGCCUGCCCUUCAUGGUGCACCGGCCCCACCUGGAGAUCCUAGAUGCCAUCAGUGGGAAGGAGCUUCCCUGCUUGGAGGAGCUGGAGAACAACCUGAAGCAGCUGCUUAGCUUCUACCGAUACUCGCCACGUCUCAUGUGCGAGCUCCGCACCACCGCCUCCACGCUCUGCGAGGAGACCGAGUUCCUGGGCGACAUCCGCGCUGUGAGGUGGAUCAUCGGCGAGCAGAACGUCCUCAACGCUCUCAUCAAGGACUACCUGGAAGUAGUGGCCCACCUCAAGGACGUCAGCAGCCAGACGCAGCGGGCGGACGCCUCGGCCAUCGCCCUGGCCCUGCUGCAGUUUCUCCUGGACUACCAGUCCAUCAAGCUGAUCUACUUCCUGCUGGACGUGAUCGCUGUGCUGUCACGCCUGGCCUACAUUUUCCAGGGCGAGUAUCUUCUAGUGUCCCAGGUGGACGACAAGAUCGAGGAGGCCAUCCAGGAGAUCAGCCGGCUGGCCGAUUCCCCGGGUGAGUACCUGCAGGAAUUCGAGGAGAACUUCCGGGAGAGCUUCAAUGGAAUCGCCAUGAAGAACCUCAGGGUGGCAGAAGCCAAGUUCCAGUCCAUCAGGGAGAAGAUCUGCCAGAAGACCCAGGUCAUCCUGGCGCAGAGGUUUGACUCCCGGAGCCGGAUCUUCGUGAAGGCCUGCCAGGUGUUUGACCUGGCCACCUGGCCCAGGAGCAGCGAGGAGCUGGUGAGCUACGGCAAGGAGGACAUGGUGCAGAUAUUUGACCACCUGGAAGCCAUCCCUACCUUCUCCCGGGAGGUGUGCCGGGAAGGCCUAGACCCCCGGGGAAGCCUGCUGAUGGAGUGGCGGGAGCUCAAGGCCGAUUACUACACCAAAAAUGGCUUUAAAGACCUGAUCGGCCACAUUUGCAAAUACAAGCAGAGGUUUCCGCUCUUGAACAAGGUCAUCCAGGUCCUCAAAGUCCUCCCCACUUCCACCGCCUGCUGCGAGAAAGGCCGUAUGGCCCUCCAGCGGGUCCGCAAAAACCACCGCUCCCGUCUCACCCUGGAGCAGCUCAGCGACCUGUUGACAAUCGCCGUCAAUGGACCCCCGAUCGCCAACUUUGAUGCCAAGAGAGCCCUGGACAGCUGGUUUGAGGAGAAGUCUGGUAACAGUUAUACUUUGUCGGCUGAGGUCCUCAGCAGGAUGUCAGCCCUGGAACAGAAGCCCAUGCUGCAGACCGUGGACCACAGGGCCAUGUUCUACCCGGACAUGUAGGAAACCCGCACUGCAGAGUUCGCUAAGCUGUUGAAUAUUUUUUUAAUCUAUACUCAUAAGCUUUGAUAUAUUAUAUAAAUAUAUAUUAUAUUAUAUUAUUAUUAUUAUAUAUAUAUAUAUAUAAAAACUCACACUGAAAAUUUUUAAAAACCAAGGUGACACAUCCACCGGAAGCCACUGGGAGCUUUCAGAAGAGAAUAAUGUCAGACACUGACUCUUGAUUACCCUUGGCAGCUGCAGUCCACAUGGCGACUCAUUUCCACAAACAGAAGCGUGUGCCGGGGCCGCGCGGGUCCCCCACCAGUCAGCCAAUGGCAUAAGCUAACAUGACGGGUCUCUGUCAUCGCCUUUAGGUAGUAUGUUUUGUUUCUGGUUUCCUUUGGGGGUUCGGGGGCUUUGGGUUGGGUUCGGGUUUUGGUUCUCGCCUUGGUUAUUUCCAUAGGGUUUCACGGUGGGGCCUUCUUGGCCUCUCGUGGACGCGUGGUCGGAUCUUUGGUUUCCACAGGGCAGGAUGUGUCCCUGGGUUAGGGUGUUGGAUCUUCCUUCCUCCCUCUGACUUUAGCUCCAGAGUUCUCUUUGUUUCCUGAUGAGGGCUCCUUCACUGUCCUACAGAUAAAAGCGGCGGUCAAACUGUGAACCCAUGUCCCCUUCCCUCUGCCACCGCCCCUUCCCUGGGCAUUGCAUCCCUCCUCGCAGACCCCUGGACACUAACGGUGUUACCCAUUUUACUGCAAGCAAAACUGCCUUUCACCGUAGCCUGAAACCUGGGGGGAGGGAGAAGGGAUGAGGCUGUUCCGAAUUCCUGUUUAUCCUUGGUGGAGGGCAAAAACAAUAGGAUUCCAUUCACACCCAGGGCUGCGGGUGAGAGACAGAGCCAGAAAUCCAGACCCCAGCAGGGCAGCGAUUUUUGGCUAAAAACAAGUUAAAUGAAAAAGUAUAUAUUCAAUGUCCAUGCAUUAUUUAUAUUCUGUCUUUAUAAUCCUAUAAUGUGUUGAGAGUAUUUUGUUUUCCUUUAAUAAUCAAGAAGCACCUGCUGUAUGGUUCGGGGCUGGAGCCGUCAGUGUAAGGUGUGUCCGGGGUUAUGCACGACCCAAGUGAGAGUCCCCAACAUGCUCUACAGCUCGGCGAGAAGGCUGUGGGGGACUGCACAACGUUUCUGUGCCUGUGAGCUCUUCCUUUUCUGAACAGGGUAGAGAGAACAGGAAAUAAGACGGGGCUCUCACGGCGUCAGACUGCAUACACACGCACGCGUGCGCCUGUGCGCUCCCACACACACACCCACACACACACACCCAUGAUAUAAGCUUUAUAUGGCCACUUGCCUACUCCCUGGGGCAAGCAGUGGUUUAAGCUAGAGGAGUCUGAUCAGUGCUCUUUCGUUCAUUCAACUACCAGUAUACCUCGCAAGGGAGUUUUCAGAAAUGUGCGUAAGCUGUUCAAAACUUGUGUUCCUCUUCUGCCAUCCGAUCUGUGCACAGUUUAUCUGCAGAGCUCCUGUGACUCGGAGGCACAGGUCGUCCUUGGGGAAGGGAGGGAGAUGGGCUUGGCCGUCCGUGGUCAGUUCCCCGGGGAGCCGCGGGAGCCUCCUUCCUCCUUGGUUUAUCUUGUCCCUGCCACUGUUCACAACCACAGUGGGAACGUCAUCAACACUGAACAUUUGCUGUCCCUCCCUGGUCCUGCCAGUCCCUGUGUCCCUCACAGCUCCUCCCCUCGCCCCCAUGGUCGUGGUGCUAAGGUAACUUUAGAAUCAUUGCUGCUAGUCAAUAGCUUUUCAUUAUAUAAAUAUAUUAUAUAUAUUAUAUAUUAUUUUUUUGAAAUGUUUUUGUUUUUCAACGGUGAUGUAGCAUGUCAAACAAACAAACAACAGAAAUCCUGGGGUUCUCAACUGUCCUACUGCCAGGCCUCAUAUGCUGCCUUCUUCAACAAAUCAAUGCACCCUUACCGGUGAGCCUCAUCCCCCACUUCCCAAGUCACACACAUCCUUCCACACCCUCCUGCAAGAGCUGGAGGGUUAGCAGGGACUCCUAAGGAGAGCCCCAGCCUGACGCUCCUGGCCGAUGCUCUGAUGACCCCAGUCUCGCUGAGUCGGGGUCAGGUGGGAAGCCGUGGCAAAGCACAAGGGCCCCAUCUCCCAGCUCCAGCCUCCCAUCGCUUUGCACACACAGACCACAGUCUUGGGGUUUCCCCGAGCCCGGGGUGGGCAGAGGGCAGGGGAAGCCGGCGAGGCAGGCCUCGGUGUGGGGCAGGCACGAUCAGUCGGGGCCCCUUCUUCUCGCCAAUGAUUGCCUUACACCUCCUCUUCCCCUCCCAGCCUCCCUGCCCUCUGCUUGGGGACCCUCUUUGGGGAGAAGGGGUUGGGCCCAGACCACUCACAUGAAGCCAGGAGAGAACCAGUGUCUGAGAACAAGUCCGGGCUGUGACUGUUCCCUCCCAGGGGACCAAGGCCAAACUGAGCUCAGGCCUCCCACAAGAGCCCAUGCCUGGCCUACCUUGCAGCUCUUGGGGAUGGGGACCUCCACCACCCCCCACCACAGUCCCCAGGCCUCGGAGGAGUGGAGCCCUCAGGGGUAUUAAGUUUGGCAAGGGCCUCUAAAGCUCUAGGUGCUCAUGGCUCCUCUAGAUUCGGCCAGGCCUGGGCUUCGGCAUAUGCUCUGUAGGUCACUUUGUCUCGGGACAUAGGGUAACUGGGGACCAUAAGGGUGACAAGCCACUGCGGUUUUCACAGGGAUUUUUCUCAGCCCACAGACUCCCUGGGAGGUCCAGAAGCUCUGUCCUGUGAAUUACGGUUUCUAUGACUCCUUGUUCCUGUCCUAGGCAAUUUUCUCUCUCUUUCUUGUCCUGAAAAAGGGCUUAGUUGAUGGGGCUCUUGGAAUCUGGCCAGGGAGCCCUGUGUGGAACUAGCCUGAUACCUUGGAUACAUGGAACGAUUGUGGCCAGGCAGCCUGUGUACCCCAAAUUCGGUUCCGUUGGAUGGAUGCAGCCCUUUGACUGAGCCCCUGGCUUGAGAGUGAACCCCAUAGAUUGGAAGGAGAUGUGUCUUAGGGCUGAGGCUUGUCCUCGCUCAGCUGGCUGAUUAGGGACUGUCCUGGCUCAUGGAAAGGUGAGAAGUGAAUCAAGUUCGAGGCCCAGGUUUGUGGCCAGUUGUGCUGAUCAGCUGUGUUGCAGAGCGUAGAGACCAGAUGCCCGCUGAUAAGAAUCACCUGCUCCUCCCGAAUCGAGGAACAGUAAGAUCCUCUACCCUCAGGUCUCGUCUCUGCAGCUCUGGCUGGGUUUGAGUCCUCAAGUUCUCUCUGCCUGUCAUGUAAGACAGAGCACUGGGGCAUCUGAGACGGUAGCCUUUUCUUCUUCUAUUUUAAUGACUGUCUGUGACAUCCUGUGAUACUGGGCAAGUCCCAUCUUCUCCCAUCCUCCCUUGGAAUGAGGGUGAGACAGAGCUCCAGGACCCCCAGAUGGCCCAGUUCGGGGCUGGGCCUUGGGGCCUAUGGCACUGGGGCUGGGGUGGGCGUGGGGACCCCGUCCUCUACCUCCGCUGCGUGUUUCCAGGUCAAGUUGUCAGGCCGAGCUCCUCCCCUGGACUCAUCUAUGCCAGCCCUUUAAUUUGGGGAAAGGACUUUGUAAUGACUUACGGCAUUGUUGGAAUAUGUUUUCCAUUUACCGGAGGUGAGGCCAAGAAAGAGGCAAAAGGGAAAUGCAUGUGAAGGCUGAGCACAGUAGCACAGGGUGACACGGGCCACAGGCCCAGCCCAGCUGGCACCCACAUUAGCGGCCCACCUGGAGCCCAGUGGCUUAGAACAGACCUUCUGUCCUGUGGACUUCACCUUCCAGUUUUCCUCCUACUGACUCAGGAACAGCCAUUCCGUGUGCAGGUCUGCUUUUGGCUUAGGGCCUGGGCUUAUUUCCAAGGAGAAGUUGUACUUUUUCUUGGUCCAUGCAUCCUGUUUUGGCAGAAGGCUCCAGUCACGCUGGUUCGUGUGCACGCCCCUGGGUCUCUAGCCAGGCUGGGCUGAGAUGGUGGAAGCAGUCAGGCCGGGCAUCAGGAGGGCAAGAGAAAGGGCGUGCAGAGAGCAGCUGAGCUAGGAGAGCCCAUCGGGAACACCAUGCUGGAUCCUAGCCUGUGCUCCUCCGCUCCUCAGGAAGAAGGAAUGGAGAUGCCCAAGGUGCCUCUCCUGCUUGGAGGGUGGCCCUCCCCUUGCCCUCUCUGGGUCCUGGUGCUUUUGCCCAGUGCUUGGAGCUGUGAUUCUUGGAGAUGGUCUUUGCAAGUUAGCUGGAAGGAGAAAAGGUGCCAUUUUGGGAGGAAAAUGGUACGGCCCUUCUCUUCCAUCCAUCCCCUCCCCUGUCCCUUCAAGUGGUAUGGCCCUGGAAAUACCUAUGCAAUCCGGUCUCUCUGGGAGACCUGCAUGGAAACAGGGGUGUGUGCAGUGUACAAUUGCUGACCUACAGCAUCUAGAUUGUAUAUAUGGACAUAUCCAGUACGGCUACACACAGAAGAAGAGAUUAAAUCACGUCUAUAUCUAUAAAUAAUAUCCUAUAUAUUUAUACAUUUCUAUGUUUUAAAUAGAUAUAAAAAAUAGAAGUCUAUAGAGCUGGAGGAGUAGUGGGAGGGUGGCCUGUCGCUGUCGUGGGAGGGAAGGAGGCCGGGCUUCGGGGUGGGGAAGAUGGGGAACAGCAGUUCGAUGGCUCUGGGGGCCCUCGAGCCCCAGCUGCGCCCCGGCCCUCCUCAUGCACUUUCUCUCCUUUCCCGUGCUUAGUCUGAGGUUGGAAGGAGAUACUCCCUGACUUACCUCCCCCCACCACAAGCCGACGCCUCCGUGGUCACUGUUGCUUGGCAGAAGGGCGUGGUCUCUGGAGGGUCCACUGCACAAACCCCCAGUCCCCUCUCCCUCCAAGACUAAGCAGCGUCGCUGGCAAUAGGAAAGAUGCACUUGGUUUUUUUCUAGGUGGUCCAGAAUGAUGCCCCCUCCCUGUCGGGUGCUUCUGCCGCCCCCUAGAGGCCAAGCCUCUGAACGACAGCCGUCCUGGCCCCCCUCGCCUGCUCAACCACUGUCUGCCAGGGCUGCCCAGAUGGACAGAGCAGCGCUGCUCGCCACCCAGAGGCUUUCUGGCCAGGGCAGGGGCAUCUGCUCACAGGGAGGGUAGGGAGAGACAGAUCCGCACACUCAUAGUUCAGUGGUAACUCAGUCUCAGAAACAGGGCUUUGGCCCAGCGCCCUCUGCUGGCUCUACUCAGGACACUGCGACCCCUGCUCCCAGGGGCCCCACCCACUCUGUAACCUGCGGGUUCAUGUACACUGUUCUCCUUCCGCGACCAGGCAGAGGCUGAGCCCCGCGCCCAGGCCCAUGGACUUCCGUGGGGCGAGACACCGUCCUCAGCCUGUCCCCGGCUCCCACUCUGGGCCCGAAGGGGACAUCUGGCAGCCAGAGGGACCCGGGCGCAGCUGGCUGCAUCACGACGGAGGGCUCGUGCAGCCCUGACAGGAGCCCGGUGCCCGCGGCUUCAGUUUCCUCUCCGUCCUUUGUCUCCCUAAGGUGGGAAGAGGGCCUGGCCGAGCUGCGGGUGACGGCUCGGAGGGCAGCUGCCUGCGCUGCUCUGGAGAGAGGCCUUGGCCUGUGGGCCCCCAAGGGCACCCGCUCCCCUCCCCGGGCCUCCCGGGGCCCCUGUCUGCUCUUCCUCACCAUCCUACCAGCGUACCUCAGUCUCCAACAGACCUGGCCCCUGCCCCGCACCUGGGCACGGGUCUGUUCUGCCGAUGCCCAUUCCUUGAGCCACAGCUAGCUGCCAGCUGGGUCUGGGAACACCCGCCAGGGUCUGGCUCUAGAGAGCCCAGGCCAGGCCCGAGCCUUCGCCCCAUGCAGUGGGUCGGUUUCGGCCAGGGCACGGGCAUGCCCAGUAGCAACCCCACAAUGCACUGUACCUCAGAGAGAGCUGCCACAGGCAUCCAGGGGCCCGGCCUCCGUGCACACGGGGACAGCCGGUGACAGCGCUGCUCACCAGAAGACAAAGGCCGGGCCGCCUGCGGGCACCCCUCAGUCUCCACUUUGUCUCUCCCGAAGAACCAGCAGUCUGAUUCUGUCUUUUUCCAGCCCCACAUCUCUCUCCUUCUCUCCACCCCCACGCUGCUGACCAUUUUCGUUUCAAUCACAAAGGAAAAAUAAAGUGGGGGUGGGGGGAGAUACCUAGGAGUCUAUUAUCACAUACAUAUUAAUAUGUUAAUACUUUCUUUCUUAAAAAAAAACCUCUCAAUGUUAUUAUUUCGCAGACUUCGCUUUAUAGUACCUGUGUGAUGGGACCUAGGACACUGGAUACAGAUAGAGCUAUGUUGGUUUAUCAUAUGUACGCAGAAACUUUCCUUUUGUCAUAUUAUCCUUGUAAUGUAAGAAGAUUGUUAAUAAAAGCAUUUAAAUUUA